UUACUGUCCCUUAACCUCAAUCUUUCCCAUAUAUUGAAAGAUAAUUACAAAUAUUAUUUAAAUAGACUUAUAUAAAAAGUAUUUAUUUGCAGUUUUUAAUAAUGGAUCAUAAUAGUGCCCAGUUAAUGGAAGACAUUACACUAGAAAGAAAAACUACUGGAAAGAAUGUGUCUGGAAAAAGUAAAGGUAAAAAUGAAAGUCCUCUCUUUUCAAGUAAACUUAAAGUAGAGAUGCAAACUUUAAAAAUAUCCGAAGAAUCUGAACAACAACUUUAUGACACUUUAAAGAAUAUUUAUGGUCCUAGUUUUAAACUGUCCGACGCGUCAGAGUUUGAAAAUAAAACUUCAAACUUAAACAAACAAUAUUGGAUGGAAAGAGGCAACUUAGUUAUCGAAGGAAUAGUUGAUUAUUCUUCCAAAGAUGUUACACCUAAAACUCAAGAACAAAUUACUAGACAAUUUGCAACAUUUAAACUUGAAAGUUAUGGUUUUCAUCAAUCACACUGCACCGAAGCAUUAAUAUAUACGAAAGGUGAUAUGGGAAAAGCUUUAGAAGUUUUAUUCUGUAAAUAUUAUGGACUUCAUGAUGUUGUAAGAAAUGAAAUAUCUGAUGAUAUUGACACGUCAGACUUAUUAGAAAGACGACACGAGGAGAAAGAGGCACUUGAAUCUAUUUACGGGAAUAUGUUUAUCGAAAAGAUAAAAAACCAAAUUUGGAUUGUCCAAGUUACGUUAAAUUAUUUAGUGAGAAAUGAUGUAAUAGAGGAAGAGAUACGAAAAAUUAAGCAACAACAAGAAAAGGAAAAAGAGAAAGCAAUUUGUAGAUUAUUUAUUCAGAAAAAGUGUGCAUUUGGAAAUAAAUGUAGAUUUUUACAUCAGCAACCGCAAGUUUUGAAAAUGCCGGAAAGAGAGGAUCCUCACUUUACGUUAGAAAUAAGAUUUCCUGAAGGUUGUAAAUAUCCAUACGAACCACCAUAUCUCUAUUUUUAUAAAAAUGAUGGUACGUUUCCAAGUAUAAAAUGUUUAAGAAUAGGAAGAAGAUUAUAUAACGAAGCACAGUCAUUAUCUAAAGAUGGCACCCCUUCUAUUUUUUCUAUAAUAUCCCUUUUAGAGAAUGAAUUUGAAAUGAAGGGGUAUUUAGAAGUAAAUAAAGAACAAUUUUUGGAUCAAAAUGAACUACUUUUUCCAAAGCUACCCGAGACCAAUAACGAAACGGAUACAACUACGCAUCACGAAUUAGGAUCGAUUACGAGAAAACAUAGAGACAAUAUUACAUGGGAGGAAAUAUUGAAAGCAGAUGAUCUAAUUCAUAAAAAAUUCAAAGAGAAACAAAAAGAUCUUAAAUACAAAAAAAUGAAAGAAAUUAGAAGAAAAUUACCUGCCUGGCCUAAAAUGGAUAACAUAUUAGAAGUAGUACAUGAGAAUCAAGUUACUAUAAUUUCAGGUGAAACGGGAUGUGGUAAAAGUACCCAGGUGCCACAAUUCUUAUUAGAUGAUUGGAUUCUUAAUAGAUCCGAAUCGAAAGAACAUGUCAACAUAAUAUGUACGCAACCUCGAAGAAUAAGUGCAGUAAGAGUGGCCGAUAGAGUUGCAGCAGAGAGAGAUGAACGUAUAGGUGACACAAUAGGGUAUCAAAUACGAUUGGAGAGCAAAAUGUCUAACAAGACUAGAUUAACAUUUUGUACAACUGGUAUUUUGUUACAAAGACUAUCUGUGAAUCCAGACUUGACCGACGUGACUCAUGUAAUCGUGGAUGAAGUUCAUGAAAGAAGCGCAGAAAGCGACUUCCUAUUGAUGGCAUUGAAGGAAUUGUUACUUAAAAGAUCGAACCUGAAAGUAAUACUUAUGAGCGCGACACUUAAAGCCGAGGUAUUUUCCUCGUACUUUAGAGAAGCUCCUAUUUUAUGUAUUCCAGGAAAAACGUUCCCCGUGGAACAAAUCUUCUUAGAAGAUAUGUUUGAGAGGAUGAAUUACGUGCUGGAAGAAAAUUCAGUAUUUACGCGAAAAAUUAAAGGUGACUGGGAGCAGUUGCAAAUAGAUCUAGAAACUGCAGAGGUUGAAGUCGCUCACUCUGCCGGAGUCAAGGAAUCAAUUCCGGAUGAGAAUUUAACGUUAAUGCAAAUUGUCAGCAGAUACCAAGGUUACAGUAAACAAACGCAAAAAAAUUUGUAUGUCAUGGAUCAUGAGAAAAUUAAUUUUGAGCUUAUAGAGGCAAUAUUGGAAUGGAUUACUUUGGGGGAACAUGAUUAUCCAAGAACUGGUUCCAUUUUAGUAUUUUUACCGGGAUUCGCUGAAAUUAUUACAUUGAAAAAUCAAUUGAAUAGCAAUAAGCAUCUUUCGCCGAAGACGGGAAAGUUUCUUAUCGUACCAUUGCAUUCAACUUUAUCCAAUGAAGAACAAAAUUUGGUUUUCAAAAAGACCAAAGAUGUUAGAAAAAUAGUGCUGAGCACAAAUUUAGCCGAAACAUCCAUUACUAUAGACGAUUGCGUUUUUGUAAUUGAUAGCGGUAAAAUGAAGGAAACUAGAUUCAAUUCAAACCAAAACAUGGAAAGUUUGGAUACAUGUUGGGUAUCACAAGCGAAUGUAUUACAAAGAAAAGGUCGUGCUGGGCGUGUGAUGCCUGGAGUGUGUAUUCAUUUAUAUACUACAUAUAAAUUUAAGUACCAGUUUAUGACGCAACCAAUACCUGAAAUAUUAAGGAUUCCUUUAGAACCGUUGCUUUUACGUAUUCAACUUCUACAUAAAGGGAAAAAAGUAGACUUACAUAAUAUUUUAGGCAAAAUGUUAGAACCACCAACAGACGAAAAUAUUUAUAAUGCGAUUAAACGUCUGCAAGAUAUUGGUGCAUUUACUUCUGAAUAUGUAUUGACUCCGUUAGGUCAUCACCUCGCUACACUACCAGUAAACGUGCAAAUUGGAAAAUUAAUACUUUUCGGAGCAAUUUUUUGCUGCCUUGAUUCUGCUCUUACCAUUGCAGCUUGUUUGUCUCACAAAAAUCCAUUUAACAUACCUUUUGAGGAAAGGCAUAAAAUAGAUGCUAAGAAAGAAUUCUUUACAGCUAAUUCUGAUCACUUAACUAUUCUUAAAGCAUACAAGAAAUGGUUAGAAGCAUGUGCACGCAGUAAUUACGCAGGACAUGUUUUUGCUAAUGAAAACUAUUUAUCCAUGCGCACAUUAUAUACUUUAGCAGAUAUUAAAUAUCAAUUCUUAGAGUUAUUAGUUUCAAUUGGUUUUGUUCCCAUUAAUUUGCCCAAACGACAAUCGAACGUUGACAAGAUCUUGGAGAUCACUGGAAUCGAUCUAAACAUCAACAAUGAUAAUUAUAAACUUCUUCAAGGUUUACUUUGUGCUGCCCUUUACCCUAAUGUCGUAAAAGUUUUUACACCAGAAAAAUCCUUUAAAGUGCAAUCCGCUGGGGCAAUUCCAAUUCAACCAAAGCCAGAGGAGCUGAGAUUUCAAACAAAGAGUAACGGUUUUGUCAGCAUCCAUCCAUCUUCUGUUAAUUUUAACGUGGGUUAUUUUUCCAGCCCGUACUUAGUAUAUCAGGAAAAAAUUAAAACUAGCAAAGUGUUCAUUAAGGAAAUCUCAAUGAUGCCAAUUCUAUUAUUAAUUUUAUUCUCUGGUCAUGAACUGAACAUAGAACUGCAUAAUGGAUUAUCUAUUGUAUCGUUAGAAGAUGGCUGGAUUUUGUUCAGCGUUGAAUCACAUAGGGUGGGCCAACUUUUACAAAGAAUAAGAUUAGAAUUGGUAAAAUUAUUGGAAAAAAAAAUGGAAGACCCUCUUUUAAAUCUCUUACAUUAUCAAAAUGGAAAGAAAGUUAUACAAACAAUUGUAAAUGUAGUAACAAGAGAAUAG